AUGUGGACCCACGAAACACAAAGUUCCACAUUGUGCAGCUCAUCUUCUUGUGCCUCUGUAGUGGUGUAUGGUCAUCUGACUGGCAAUGGACAGCCGUAUGUAGGAGAGCAGGUUCAGUUAUGGGAGCCAAAGACUUUGGGCGACGAGUUAUGGUAUGACAUCAAUACUGGCAAGGACGGAAAGUUCCGAAUGUUCACCAACGGAAAUGAUUUUGUUUUCGACUUGGGAACCGUGAACAUGGAGAGCGCAGAACCAGCUAGAUUCAAUUGGGUUUUGAGACUUAUUGGGCAACAUUAUCAGUGUCGAAAGUAUUGA